AUGUCGCGUUCCGUGACGCCGGCGAGGCUGCUCACAGACGAUUCCCUUGAUGUACAUGACGACGGCCAGCCUCCGGUAUCGUUCAAGCGCCGUUCGCGCCAGACCUCGGCCGGCGGCCUAUCGUCGCUGCGUCGCUGGGUAGGCCGCGACUCGUUCCGCAACUCAUCUGCCUUUACCCAUCGCGUGCGUGGAAGUGGUGUGCCGGAGGGCUGGGAGCAUCCGUCGCGGUACACGGGUGCGAGCCAUAUCACAGUACCGUCGAUUUUGCCGGCCAUCCAGCCGGCACCCCAGAGCAACCCGCUGCCGCUCAUUCCCUACACGGUGGUAUGCUUGCUCAUAUUUGGCGAAUUUUGCUCGUCUGGUGUGGCCGGACCGUUUCUCUUUUUUAUGCUUGACGGCUUCCAGAUUGGCGACGAGAGCAAGGUCGGUUUCUGGGCCGGUAUUGUGGCAUCGACGUUCUUUUUUGCGCAAUUCCUCACGUCGCUCAUGUGGGCCUCUGUCGCUGAGAAGCAUGGCCGCCGCUUUGUGCUGCAGCUCUCGAUGAUUGGAAACUCACUGGCGCUUAUCGCUUUUGGUCUCUCGGGCAAUUUGUGGGCCGCCAUCUUGUUCCGCUUUGCGCAGGGUUUUUUCAACGGUGCCGUUGGCGUGGCCAAAGGUGCCGUACGUGACCUCACCGAUGAAACGAACGAAGGCCGCGCGUACGCGCAGAUGGGCUUUUGGUGGGGUAUGGGCGGAAUUGUCGGCCCGAUCCUGGGUGGUGUGCUGGAGCAUCCGGCGGAAAAGUAUCCGUGGCUGUUCGGUCGGGUGGCCUUCCUCAGAGCCUAUCCAUACUUUCUUCCGUGCCUGCUGGCAGGCUCGAGCACCAUCGUGGGCGCUCUGCUGAGCCUGCUGUUGGAGUCCGAUGGAUCCAUGCGUGGCUCUAUCCGUCUCGGCGACCAACCGGCAUCGCUCGAGCACGCAGACGGCUCUCGCAUACCCUCGCCAGGCGAGCAAAGCGAGUGGUCGCUGUCCCCUUCGUACGUAAGUCGCGGCCGGCCGCGCCACAUGGAUGCGACGCAUUGGCCACAGGCCUUCGGGCCCCGCCCGCUCUCGCAGGCGGGUUCCGUCUACGACGCGGCGAGUGUGCGCCACCGGCCCGCAUCGCAGCGUCUGCACAGCGAGGGCAGCUUAAAUGGACGCAACUCAUUUUUUGGACUGGACCAUGAUGAGGACGGUCCCGGCAUGUCGAUCCUCGAGCGAUUCGUGCUGGCCAAUGAUGACGCUAUGCAUACUAUCACUGACUUAUGGGUCGCGGCCGCCGCAAAUACGGACGAGUCGCUCGAGGACCCUGAUACCAUUGAGGAGGCGGAGGAGAGCGUCGAUGAUGAAGACACGCUCGACCAUGACGACGACGCUGCGGAGACGCCGCCCCUGCUGGGUGCUUCGUUCUCGCAGGAGCAGCGCCGCCCAUCGGGCUCGUAUGUGCCGCCGUCCCACUUUGCGCGCGCCCAGAUGCAGCGCCAGUCUAGCGGCGCGUCAAUGUCUGACUCGGAGCAGGUGCCGCUGCAGACCGAGGCCGAGGCCGAGUCGAAUGCACCGAUGCCGGCAGAAGCGAGCGUGUCGCCGCUGUGGCUCCUGCCCCUAGUUGUGAUUGUGCACUAUGGCGUGCUGUCGUUCCAUUCGGCCAUGUUUGACCAGGUGUUUAUGUCGUUCUUGGUGACGCCUGUGCCGAGCGGUGGCCUGGGGCUCACAGCCGGUCAUUAUGCACUAUUGAUUGCGGCCAUGACGCUGUGCCAGGUGUUCUUCCAGUUCCAGUUGUACCCGAACUUGGGCCCGCCUAACGGCCGCUUCUCGCAUCUGGCCGUGCUGCAAGUGGGCGUGCUGCUGUACCUGCCGUGCUAUGUGCUCUUCCCGUGGCUGCGCACGGCGCUGAUGCCGAACACGGAUGUGCUGGUCAUGGCUGUGAUGAUCCUCUUCACGGCGCUGCGCUGGCUCGCGAACAUUUUGUCGUUCACGUCCAUUACCGUGCUGCUCAAUGCGUGGACGCCGCCGCACCUGGUGCCGCUGGCGAAUGGCCUCGCGCAGACCACCAGCACAGCAUCCAGGGUGGUCCGCACGCCCACGCAUGGCCCUUCAACUUCCACCUGGGCUUUUGGGUGGUCGGCCUGA